AGUCAUUGUCAGUUUGGGUUGCAGCUGUAUCUUUGCUCAAGCUGCAUGAUGCCGACACCCCGCAUCACCGCCAAACACGCGCGCAUCUGGCUAUAAUAAGUAUAUAGUUAUUAGGUCUUUAUGAAACAAAUGUCGAAGGAAAUGAGAAGCACAGUCACACAGUUGCCGAUGUACCUCAUCCUCUACGCCAAUAGUCUCUUCUACGCAUUAUUUGAAAUUGAUUUGGAGUUGGGCGUCUUGAGAGGUCCAGUCCAACUGGGCAGGGCUAUUGCCCGAAGCACCUUCAAAUAAACAGGCUAUGUCGAUGCCUCCGUCCGUGCCACACGCCUGGAAGUUGGACAAGCUGCGUGCGUCAUGCGCUGCGGCUGCAGAACCGAUCAGGCGCUCAUGAUGGUUCACACAAACUGAAAGACAGCGAUUUUGCGCGCGGCGCGAGUUAUUUAAUUUGUAGGAAGACUCCGGCCUGAAUCCCAAAGAAACAGCCGGUCCCCUCCCUUUCGGUUGUGUCUUCAUCCAUUCACGGAUCUAUCCAUCCGUCCGUCCGUCUGUCCCGCUCCUCCUCCCCUUGGGGCCGCUGGACGAAGAGCGAAGAGGCCGUGAGGAGCGCUCUACCCUUCUCCAAUGAGAGAGAGAGAAAGGACGCUCUGCCAGGACAUUUGGGCUUAGCAGUGCGGACGGAGGUAGACUUUUCGGGGCGGGGAUGGUAAGGGGCUUUCUCGGCACUGCUGCAUCUCGAACAGCUAAACCAAGAACAUGAGAGGGUGUAAGACGGCGGAGAAGCGGCCGUCAUACCCUUGUCUUUGACGACGCCGUCCGUGUGUCCCUUUAUCAGCUUCUGGAUGGCCGCGCAGGUGACGGAGAGAAGAUGAUGGUUGCAACGAAGGAGGAUGUUAUUGAAUUCGUUUGAGAUAAUUAUUUAAUCACCGGCGCUCGACAACAAUGACAACGACAUUUCAGAAGAAAACGGUAUUUCUCCUUAUUUUCCCUACUCGAGAUUGUGCACUCUGAAAAAAAAGACGCAUUAAUAACAAAUGUCACAAUUUUCCUGGUCUCGAGGCUUGUCGGAGCGCACUGGUAAAACAGAUGUAAGGUGGCGGGAGCCACAUUAUUGCCACACACUGUGCCAAACAUUGCGUAUGUUUAAAAAAUAAAUAAAUGAUAAAAGCGUUUCCCUUUUCAAUGCCUUUUAAGUCAAGUUGAACGUCACUGACGGGCAUUGCUAAAGGCUGAUACAAAUUGGCAGAUUUAUUUUCGACAGUCUGAUUUAUUGAGGCCUGUGUGAUUAUUUGAGGCGUUUAGAUAGUCAUUAUAUGCUGUCAUAAGAGUAAAGAACAAUUAUUGGUCCUGAGAGGUGCAGGAGGCUGCGGUGCGCUCUGAUACAGGCAUGAACCAUGGAGAAUAUGAAACAUUCAUGUUAACGCGCUGCAGUCUCCCCAUGAUUUCAUGUUGAUUUCAUGUUCUGCUUUAUGCUGACAUAAGAGCCGACUAAGACGGAGACACCCCACUACCCUACAGUGCAACCAGCCAGCCAGCCGACCACACAUUUUAUUUCCUCACACCCACAGUUGGCUGUUGGCAGAGACGUACAGAGAAGGAGACAGUACAUGGGCGUCCUAGUCUGCUAAAACCAGCAUAUAACUGCUCGCCGGGUGCAGGUGUUCAGCUUAAGCGCACAAGACAACCCGUUUGGCAUAUGAGACGUUCUGAUCCAGAUGGGAUGUAAUGUUGUGUGGCUACACAGCUGAGCAUUGGUCUCCUUCUCCGCUGCUUCGUGAAGAUUGGCUUUCGGUGUCCAGAGAAUGGCGCGGUUCGGAGAUGAGGUACCGGCCAGGUAUGGCGGUGGGCCCGGUGGAGGGGGCCCGGGCGGCCGAGGUGGGAGCAGACAAGGAGGACCCCACGGACACGGUCACGGACACGGGCAUGGCCACGGGCAUGGACACGGUCCACCCGGAGGGCCCGGUACCCAGAGAAUGUACAAGCAGUCUAUGGCGCAGAGAGCCCGGACCAUGGCCCUCUAUAACCCCAUUCCCGUGCGCCAGAACUGUUUCACUGUCAACCGCUCGCUGUUCAUUUUCAGUGAGGAUAACUUCGUCAGAAAAUACGCCAAAAAGAUCACCGAAUGGCCUCCAUUUGAGUGGAUGAUUCUAGCCACCAUCAUUGCCAACUGCAUCGUCUUGGCUCUGGAACAACAUUUGCCUGAUGGGGACAAGACGCCGCUGUCCGAGCGCCUGGAUGACACAGAGCCGUACUUCAUAGGGAUCUUCUGUUUUGAGUCUGGAAUAAAGAUCCUGGCACUUGGUUUCGCCUUCCACAAGAACUCCUACCUGAGGAACGGAUGGAACGUCAUGGACUUUGUGGUGGUGCUCACAGGGAUCCUGUCCACUGUGGGUUCAGAUUUCGACUUGCGGACCCUCAGGGCUGUGCGUGUAUUGAGGCCCCUCAAACUGGUGUCCGGUAUUCCCAGCUUACAGGUGGUGCUCAAAUCCAUCAUGAAGGCCAUGAUUCCUCUGCUGCAGAUUGGCCUGCUUCUUUUCUUUGCCAUUCUCAUGUUCGCCAUCAUCGGCCUGGAGUUCUACAUGGGCAAAUUCCACACAACCUGCUUCGACAAUCACACAGGUGAGAUCCGAGAAGAGUUUCCAUGUGGGACGGAGCCUCCGUCCCGGCUGUGUCCGGAGGGCACCAUGUGCAGACAGUACUGGCUGGGACCAAACUACGGCAUCACACAGUUUGACAACAUCCUGUUUGCUAUCCUCACCGUCUUCCAGUGUAUCACCAUGGAGGGCUGGACCGAACUGCUCUACUAUAGCAACGAUGCCUCAGGGAGUGCAUGGAACUGGAUGUACUUCAUCCCCCUCAUCAUCAUUGGCUCCUUCUUCAUGCUCAACCUGGUGCUGGGUGUAUUGUCAGGGGAGUUUGCCAAAGAGAGAGAGCGUGUGGAGAACAGAAGUGAGUUCCUGAAGCUCAGAAGACAGCAGCAGAUUGAAAGGGAACUCAAUGGUUACUUGGAGUGGAUCUGCAAAGCUGAAGAGGUCAUCUUGGCGGAUGAUGACAAUGAAAAUGAAUAUGAUGGCUCCCGUAGAAGAGCCACAAAGAACCAUAAGAGUAAAGCUGAGCUUCUAAACCCAGAGGAAGGGGAGGGAGAUCUGGCAGUAGGGUCACCGUUUGCCCGUGCCAGCUUGAAGAGCUCCAAGCUCGAAGGAUCAGAUUUCAAGCGGCGGGAGCGACGGCUACGCUUCCUCAUCCGACACGUUGUUAAGUCCCAGGCCUUCUACUGGAGCGUGCUGUGUUUGGUGGGCCUGAACACUAUGUGUGUGGCUGUGGUGCACUAUGACCAGCCAGAUCCACUGUCAGAUUUUCUAUAUUUUGCUGAAUUAAUCUUCCUGGGGAUAUUCUUGACAGAGAUGAUGGUGAAGAUGUAUGGCCUGGGCAAACAGGCCUACCUCACCUCCUCCUUCAACUGCUUCGACUGCAUUGUGAUAUGUGGUAGCAUAUUUGAAGUGCUGUGGUCCAUCAUCCAGCCGGGCACAUCGUUUGGCAUCAGUGUGCUACGAGCUCUCAGGUUAUUGAGGAUUUUCAAAGUCACCAAGUACUGGGCAUCUUUGCGUAACCUCGUCGUCUCUCUGCUCAACUCCAUGAAGUCCAUCAUCAGCUUGCUCUUCCUGCUCUUCCUCUUCAUCGUUGUCUUUGCCCUGCUGGGCAUGCAGCUCUUCGGAGGACAGUUUAAUUUUGAAAAUGGCACUCCUCCAACCAACUUCGAUACCUUCCCCGCAGCAAUAAUGACAGUGUUCCAGAUCCUGACUGGCGAGGACUGGAACAUGGUGAUGUACGAUGGCAUCAAGUCUCAGGGCGGAGUCAACAAGGGCAUGGCCUUCAGUAUCUUCUUCAUUGUCCUCACACUUUUUGGCAACUACACUCUGCUCAAUGUGUUCUUGGCCAUCGCUGUGGAUAAUUUAGCCAACGCACAGGAACUGACCAAGGAUGAACAGGAGGAAGAGGAGGCUGCCAGUAAGAAGGUCGCCCUGCAGAAAGCCAAGGAGGUGGCUGAAGUCAGCCCGCUGUCUGCUGCCAACCUUUCCAUUGCAGCCAACAAAGUACACAGUGAGUGUCACAACGCUACCGACCCCUUUCUGGACUGUAAGGACCAGCAGAAGAACAACAAGGGGAUCAACAAGUCGGUGUGGGAACAACGCACCAAGGAGCUGAGGAGGCAGACGCUGGUGUCCAGCCGCGAGGCCCUCUAUAACGAGCUGGACCCUGACGAACGCUGGAAGGCAAGGACAGGGAGGGAGGAGCAAAACAAUGUGAACUACUCGCGUCAGAUCCGUCCAGACAUGAAGACCCACCUUGAUCGACCGUUGGUGGUUGACCCCCACGAGAACCGCAACAACAACACCAACAAGACCACUGCAAACAAUUCGGACCUCUGCUUCAGCCAGCACCAUCCCGCUGACGAGCUCCACAGACAAACGCGCCUCCACGAACACAGUGGCCAAGGUGGCGGCGGAGGAGGCUCGGCUCCGGCCCGGCCUCCCUUGGAUCGGGGCGAAUCCACGGAGAGCAGGCGGAGUCGUAAAGGCGAGCACCACCCCCACAGCUCUCACGUCCGAUUGGACGCUACAGUGAUUCCCGGGCCCGGCUCGGAGGAGAGGCCCUCCAGGCGGCAUCACCACACCCGCAGCGGCAGUCGAGGAGGCGGGCAGUCGGAGCACAGGAAGCCCAGAUCACACCGAAAAAGUGCCGAAGAUGGCGAGGAUGGCGCGGGAGGAGCCGGAAAAACAGGGAGACAUAAGAACAAAGGAGUUGACGGAGGUGGAGAAGGAGGAGAGCAGGAGGGAGCCGGGGACGGCAGUGAGAGGAGGCCGAGAAGAAAUCGCCAUGGCAACCAAACUGAGGGCGAGGGGAGGAGGAUGUGCCAGCACAGAAGGAAGGAUUACAGUGCCCCUAAUCUCUCUACUACACGGCCCAUUCAAAAGAGCCUCUCCAGGCAGGACAGCCAGUACAGUGAGGAUAUGGACAACCUCAUGAAUACCAAACUGGUCUCUGGCUCACCCGGCGACGGUCCCCCUAAUCCAGCUGCCCACCACAUUGUGGCCCCGGGCUUUGGGUCUGCCCUCCAUCUUGCUAACAGCAGCACUCAUGGGAGUUUGGUCACAUUAGAUAGCUACGGGAGCAUUGCCCAUCACCGUACCAACAGUGUCAUCAGGCUGCCCCACCCUGACUACACAGCUUUAGACAUGCCAAUCUUUCCAUCCACCAAUGCCAUCCUGCAGAUCAAUAAGAAUGCCAACACAGAGCCUUUGCCACCAAAGGAGGAUAAGGACGACGAUGAUGACGAGAAGGGAGGUGAAGGCGGACCCAAGCCCAUGCCUCCCUUCAGCUCCAUGUUCAUCCUGUCCACCACCAACCCGUUUCGGCGGGCGUGUCACUACGUCUGCACCCUGCGAUAUUUUGAGAUGUGUAUCCUGUUGGUCAUUGCCAUGAGCAGUAUUUCCCUGGCAGCUGAAGACCCGGUCUGGCCCGAAUCCCCUCGUAACAAUGUUCUACGUUAUUUCGACUAUGUCUUCACGGGAGUAUUCACGUUUGAGAUGCUGAUAAAGAUGGUGGAUAUGGGGCUCGUCUUGCACCAGGGCUCUUAUUUCCGGGACUUGUGGAACAUCCUUGACUUUAUAGUGGUUAGUGGUGCUCUGGUGGCCUUCGCCUUCACCAGCGGCGGCGGGGGGAGCAGUAAGGGAAAAGACAUCAGCACUAUCAAGUCUCUGAGGGUACUGAGAGUGUUGCGACCUCUGAAGACCAUUAAACGUCUUCCUAAACUCAAGGCUGUGUUUGACUGUGUGGUGAACUCUCUGAAGAAUGUGCUCAACAUCCUGAUUGUCUACUUACUCUUCAUGUUCAUCUUUGCUGUGGUGGCUGUGCAGCUAUUCAAGGGACGCUUCUUUUACUGCACGGAUGAAUCCAAAGAAUUUGAGCGCGACUGCAGGGGCGAGUAUCUGGUGUAUGAACGUAAUAACGAAGUGAAGGCGCAGAAGCGGGAGUGGAAGAAGUACGAUUUCCACUACGACAACGUGGCUUGGGCCCUCCUCACCCUCUUCACCGUGUCUACCGGAGAGGGGUGGCCGCAGGUACUGAAGCAUUCAGUGGAUGCGACUUAUGAGAAUCGGGGCCCGAGCCCGGGGUACCGGAUGGAAAUGUCCAUCUUUUACGUGGUGUACUUCGUGGUCUUCCCCUUCUUCUUCGUCAACAUCUUCGUGGCUCUCAUCAUCAUCACCUUCCAAGAGCAAGGAGACAAGAUGAUGGAGGACUAUAGUUUAGAAAAGAAUGAGAGAGCCUGUAUAGACUUUGCCAUCAACGCCAGGCCCCUGACUCGCCACAUGCCUCAGAACAAGCUGAGCUUCCAAUACCGAAUGUGGGAGUUUGUGGUUUCGCCGCCAUUUGAGUAUACUAUCAUGGCAAUGAUUGCGCUCAACACAGUCGUGCUGAUGAUGAAGUAUGAUGGAGCUUCUGAAACAUAUGAAGCUGUGUUAGCCAACCUGAACAUAGUGUUUACCUCCCUCUUCUCCAUGGAGUGUGUACUCAAGAUCAUCGCCUUUGGAGUUCUGAAUUAUUUUAAAGAUGCCUGGAAUAUUUUUGACUGUGUGACAGUUCUGGGCAGCAUCACUGACAUCCUGGUUACGGAGCUUGGGAUGAAUAAUUUCAUCAACCUAAGUUUCCUGAGGCUGUUCAGGGCAGCUCGUCUCAUCAAGCUGCUAAGGCAGGGAGAAACCAUCCGUAUCUUGCUCUGGACCUUCGUUCAGUCCUUCAAGGCGCUGCCGUAUGUCUGCCUCCUCAUUGCCAUGCUGUUCUUCAUUUACGCCAUCAUUGGCAUGCAGCUGUUUGGGAAUAUCGCUAUUGAAGAAGACGGAGAGAGUGCCAUCAACCAGCACAACAACUUCAGGACCUUCGUAAUGGCUCUCAUGCUGCUCUUCAGGAGUGCAACAGGAGAGGCGUGGCACGAGAUAAUGCUCUCGUGUCUGGGGAGCAAGGGGUGUGACCCUCUGUCAGGGAAUCCGGAGCCAGAGUGUGGCAGCCAGUUUGCAUACCUCUACUUUGUCUCCUUCAUCUUCUUCUGUUCAUUCUUGAUGCUGAAUCUGUUCGUAGCCGUCAUCAUGGAUAACUUUGAGUACCUGACCAGAGAUUCGUCCAUACUGGGACCUCACCACCUGGAUGAGUAUGUCAGGAUAUGGGCCGAGUAUGAUCCUGCUGCCUGUGGCAGGAUCAGUUGCAGGGAAAUGUAUGACAUGCUGAGGCACAUGAGUCCUCCACUAGGCCUCGGGAAGAGGUGUCCAGCACGGGUGGCCUACAAGAGACUGCUCCGUAUGGAUCUGCCUGUGGCCGAUGACAACACGGUCCACUUCAACUCCACCCUCAUGGCCUUGAUCCGCACAGCACUGGACAUCAAGAUCGCCAAGGGUGCGGAAGGUGGUAUUGACAAGCACCAGAUGGACGCCGAGCUGAGGAAAGAGAUGAUGGCGAUCUGGCCCAACCUCUCCCAGAAGACUCUGGAUUUGCUGGUUACGCCACACAAGUCAGCCACAGACUUGACAGUUGGGAAAAUCUACGCCGCUAUGAUGAUCAUGGAGUACUACCGGCAGAGCAAGAUCAAGCGCUCGCAGGCUCUUCGUGAUGAGCAGAAUCGAACGCCAUUACUGUUUCAGCGCGUGGAGCCUCCUUCCCCCACCCAGGAUGGGGAUCCGGGACUUAACAGCGCCCUCCCUCCACCUGAGACAACGGAGACUGUCGACAGCCUGCCGGUGGAGGGGGGGGUCCCGGAGAGCAAAUCAUGGGUCACGGCUCGUGCUCAGGAGAUGUCCCAGAAGGUCGGCAGCUGGAGCCCUGAGGAUGGCCUGGGACGCAUGAGCAACUCUCAGACGGUAGAGAUGAGAGAGUUGGGGCAGGAUGGUUACUCGGAUACUGAGCACUUUCCACCAAUGGAAGGCCAUGGCAGGGCCGCUUCCAUGCCCCGCCUCCCAGGCGACAACCAACAGCGGAGGAAAGGGAGACAACGUGGCAGUAACCUCAGUCCCAUCAAUGACAGCAGUCCCAUGAAGCGCUCAGCCUCAUCGCUGGGCCACAGCAGGUCUGGGCGGGGCCACAGGGACAAAGGAGGUGCAGACGACUACAACAUGGAGUCUGUACCUGAGGAGGGGAGAACUUCCAGACAUGGACACCGGCGAAAAGACCGGAGUCAUCGUGCAUCUGAGAGGUCCCUCUGUCGCUACACGGAGGGUGACACAGGCCUGGGCACAGACCUGAGCACCACCACCCAGUCGGGCGACCUCACGUUCAAAGACAAGGACCGUGACAGAGAUCGCGGCCGGUCCAAAGACCGAAAGCACCACCACCACCAUCACCACCACCACGGCUCCGUGGACAAGGAGCGCUAUGUAGCAGAGCGAGGGGGCGAGUUCGGACACAGGAACUCCCGUGACAGAGAGCACGACAGGGAGCACGACAGGGAACACGACAGGGAACACGACAGGGAACACGACAGAGAGCACGACAGGGAGCACGACAGAGAACACGACAGGGAGAGGGAGAGAGAAAGGGACCGGCGCUGGUCACGAUCGCCCAGCGAGGGUCGCGAGUGCAUGACGCACAGACAGGGCAGUAGUUCGGUCAGCGGAAGUCCCGUCCCCUCCACCUCGGGGACCAGUACACCGCGACGAGGCCGUCGACAGUUGCCUCAGACCCCGGCAACACCCCGGCCGCAUGUUACCUACUCCCCCGUGGUCCGCAAGGCCAUGCCCACACCACCUGUGGGGCCACAGGGCCGACCCCCAGCCCCAGCCCCCCGCCACUUUUCUCCUGAGCCUCCCCAAGGCCAGGGUCCUCCUCCCGCUGGCCCCCCAACGGCUCACCAUGGCACCUCCCGCCAAGGUCAUCAUCCCCCACCUCGCUGGGGAGACACAGGUGGAGGAGGCGGCUCCGUGGAAGGGGACGGUUGCUUCUACAAUCAGGACCAUCAUGAACCACCUGCCUAUGAGCAGAGCCCCAUGCAAGGUGGCAACCCCCACCCCCAUUCUCUAGCCAACCACCCACUGCCGCCUCCCACACAAGCACAGCCACACAACCCCCAUCCCCUCCCUCCACCCCAGCCACACCCUGUAAACAACCCACACCCUGUAAACAACCCCCACCCUCAUCCGCCGCCCCACCCGCAGCCCAGUCGCACCUCACCUAGGACUGCCGGCCAAGCGCCCCCUCCCACCACCGCCCUGACUGGGCCUGUACAGGGCCAGAUGCAGCCUGCCGCCCAGCGCCGCUUGCCCAACGGCUACCGCUCCUCAUCACCAUCCAUACAUCCCCAUGGACCCCCAAACACAGGGCCUCACAAGAUCCCCCCUCCAGCUGGGCAUCCUAGAGGUCCCCGCAAGGGCCUGCAUGAACCCUACAGCGAGACGGAGGACGACGACUGGUGCUAGCCUCUGGGGACGGGGGAGGGGUGUAAGGAGGAAAAGGAAGAGAUAGACGGACCACGAGAUGAAGAUAGGAGGCUCUGAGCCAGAGCUCUGACUGCCAAGGGAAACUAUGAAUUUUUCUUUCUUGCCUGUUCAGUGUUUUCCUACCCCCCCCCCUCUGGUUGGCAUGUCCUAGUGAUGGCGGGCUAGAUGAAGGGAUAGGUGUCAGGAUGAAGGGGGUGGAACAAGAAUGCUGAGGCAGGAUCUGGAGAAACAAUUGGUGUAAGGGGAAACCGCCUCCAUGUUCUGCUUGCAUUGUUGUUGCAUUCAUAUCUUGAUGCCAAAUAAGACCAACUCAAACUGCAGUGUCUCAGGAUGCAAGCAGGACACUAGUCGUGUGUCUUAAUUUACGCCUCUGGCAACGAGCUACAGCCACUUACAAGAUGUCAAGAGUUGCGACUCGACAAAAGACACUUUACAAGCAGAGAGAAAAGAAAGACCACUGUUUUCUUUCUUUUCUUUGCAUCUCAAAGCUAACUUCAGUUGAGUUAGCUGCAAAAAGAAUCAAAUCCAACCCUCCCAGCCACCAGUUUAAUAUUGAUGAGUUUUAUCAUCUGUGUUUUUAAAUAAGAACAAAAGUGACGAUGAGCCCUCCACCUGUAUGAGGUGAGGAGGCUUCGUGGGCGAGAGAGUUGGGGAGUGUUGCACGGGCGUGACGAGUCCUUUGGUCAACAUCUGGAGGACGGGAUGGGUGCGUUUGGGAUGUUUAACAUUGUUCACGGAGAACACCCUGCUCCCCGGAACAAACAAUGCAACCAACCUCAACCCAUGAUCUGUGAGAGAAGAAAAACUCAAACGUGGAGAUGGCUUUCAGAAACAAAAAACAAACCAAUAACUGUUUUCUGCAGUAUUUCUUCUUCUAUUCCUGCCUCUUCCUCCUCCUUCUCUAUUACGUCUUCAAAACAUUGAAGCUUGAAUCUUCUGUUGCACCCCACACGGCUUCGUUUUUUAGACUUGCGGAGUUGUACACCCUGUGGAAUCCUGCAUGAAUGAUACAAAAAAUAAUAAUAAUAAUAGCAUCAAUGAGAAUCUACUGUAUGUGGGGGGGGAUAUUUUAUUGGUCCUUUCUGUUGUGGUCUGCAGGGUUUCUCUCUUUUUGAGGUAAAAAAGCCUUUCUGUUUCUCUCUCUCUGACAUUCCUCUCAUUGUACCUUCAUUAACACUAAAAUCAAGUGACAGAAGGCUAUAGGGAGAUUGGUUAAAUACUAUGUGUGUAUCUCUACGGAACAAAAUGAUUACUUUUUGCUUGCUUGUCUGUAUUUUCUGCGCGAGAUGCCUGCCACUGAUACAGCUGGAAUUGCACAUAUUUUUCGUGGAGUCAACUUUUUGUAAUUAAAGUGGAACAACGGUACAAGCAGGGUAAAGUGGAUACAAGAUGUGGCGAACAGGUCCGACAAAUCAUUAACCUCUCAAAGUCUUCCAGGGUUUGGGGUUAAAACAGACACAUCUGAGAGAAAGAGACCAAUAGAAAGGCGGAGAAAGGAGAGAAACUCUUCAUCGUUGUUUUCUUUGUUAUUGACCGUAAUGAUGGAUAAACCGAUGAUAUAAUAACUUCUAAAUGAUCAUGAUGAUCUUGAUAAUGGGACCGAUUCUCCAUAUUUGGUUUGGCAUUCUGUUCCAUAUGUUUGUUUCCUUUGGAGCUCAGCUAAUCAUUUUUCCAACCCGGAGGUGGAGCUCAAGCCCACAGUUGCAUUGUGGGAGAAUGAGUCGGCGGGAGGUCAAGCACGAGUCAAGAGAUUAUCCAUAGCAGUCGAUGGGCCUGUCUUUCUUCUCACUCCGAUAUAUAAGUUCGACCGUGGGGGAAUUUUAACGAGUCCCCCUUUAAAAAUGUGUGAAACGCAGCAGUUUCCGACGGGUUUCUGCAUUUAAAUGGAUGCAUCUUCUGCAGAGUUCCACCACCGCCUGUGACCUUCCAGAGGCGCUGUAUGACAUACAGUGCCCCCUCUAGUUUUUGUACCUCUCUCCUUUUACUUCACUCGUGAUUCCACGUUGUUCUAGCAGCGCACCGAGAAUUCAGCGUAGCUCAUUCUCUCACUUGUAGACCACCUCGUCUGUGCUCACCUCGUGUAAACACAUGGCGACUGAAUGGCACAGUUUCAGAUGGGUUGGAGAAACGAUGUCUGGGCCUCGUCAUGGUCCUGGAAAACACCUUUGUUGUGUGUGCAUCACUCCUGUAUAUCUUGUAUUUAUUUCUGUGUGUUUCU